GAGCCUGAGGUGGGGUGAACACUGUCUGAGGAGCUUUCUAGUCAGGAGACACAAGGGGGAAGAGACAGAGGGAGGGAGAGGAAAAAGGGAGGAGGUGACAUCUUCAGGGGUUUUCUUUGGAAGUUACCUCAGGCUUGAACGUGUGCUGGUGAUUUAGACGCAGAAAGGUUGAAGAAGCUCCUUCUGGUUACGUGGGAGGUACAUCCUGACUGCCGGCUUGUUCUGUGGUGGCUCUUGCUUUGAGCUUUCUAUAACCUCGUUUUUCUCAUUCUCAUCUGGAGCUUUGAAAGCUCCCAUCAGGAUCCGAUGAUUACAGGGCAGCUGAGCAAGCCGCUGCUCUCCCUGCGCAGCGACAUGAGCGCAGCAGAACUCCGGGCAGACGACAAAGCAGCAACCCCAGAAAGCGAUUUGAACGACGAACCCCUGCUCCUGCCCUCUGAGGCCACGGACAGAGAGGGCACUCCCAACAAGCUGUAUGGAGUUCGUGACGGAUCAGUUCAGUCUGACGCCAGCAGCAGCCCGUCUGAGCAGAGUCAGCUGGGACAGUCUCACCCUGGAUACCCAAUGGGCCCACAGUCUCUCCUGGUGGCCCAGCAAUUAGCCAACGCAGUGGGUGGCGUGAUGUCCGGGGCGACGCCAGGCAUGAACCAGCCCAUCCUUAUCCCUUUCAAUGCAGGCGGACACCUUGGUGGACAGCAGGGCCUGGUGCUCUCCCUGCCCACGGCCAACAUCCAGAGCCUGGUGGCUGCUGCCGCUGCAGGGGGAAUUAUGACGCUCCCUCUCCAGAACCUGCAAGCUACCUCAACACUGAACUCCCAGCUCCAGCACCUGCAGCAGCUCCAGCAAAUGCAGCAGCACCACCAGCAGCAGCAACAGCAGCAGCAGCAUCAUCACCAACAGACUCACUCCCACACCCAGAACCAGCUACCACCCCAGCAUCACAUGACUCCACCCAGCCAGCAGCAUACCUCAGUACCAUCUCCAGGUUCCACCUGCUCCUCCACCUCUGGACACCCGCAGCCGUCCCCACCACCAAGGCAGAAUCAGUCGCCAGCUCGCAGCCUUCCUUCCCCAGUCACUCCACCCAUGCCUCUGCCACUGAACCCUCUGGCUAGCCAGGCAGCAGUGGCAGCAGCAGCCGCCAUGGGGUCAAUUGCUGGAUCUCAGGUGUUCGGCAACACCCUCUCAAAUUUGCAAGGAGCCACUGGGCAGCUUGUUACGAAUGCACAAGGACAGAUAAUUGGAACAAUCCCACUGAUGCCCAACUCUGCAGGGCCCUCCAGCCAAUCAGGGGGUGGCAACCCAGCACUGCAGGUACAGCCAAUUACGCCUCAGCUUCUGACCAACGCUCAAGGCCAGAUCAUCGCCACGGUGAUCGGCAAUCAGAUCCUGCCUGUCAUCAACACCCAGGGAAUCACGCUGUCACCAAUCAAGCCCGGACAGCAGCUGCCUCAGGCUCAGCAGGGUCAGUCAGGCCCUGCAUCAUCUCAAGCCAACCUGCUCCACAUGCCCCACAGACAGAGUCCUCUACACCAGGCCUCCUCCUCCUCCUCUACCUCCUCAUCUUCCUCGGCUCUCAGCGUGGGCCAGCUGGUCAGCAACCCACAGACUGCCCCCAGUGAGGUGGACGGGGUCAACCUGGAGGAGAUCCGUGAGUUUGCCAAAGCAUUCAAGAUCCGCCGGCUGUCCCUGGGCUUGACGCAAACCCAGGUGGGCCAGGCGCUCAGCGCGGCUGAGGGCCCUGCAUACAGCCAGUCCGCCAUAUGCAGACACACCAUCCUGAGAAGCCACUUUUUCCUACCACAGGAAGCCCAAGAGAACACUAUAGGUAGCAGUCUGACAGGCAAACUGAACCCUGGCCUUUUAUAUCCUGCCAGGUUUGAGAAGUUGGACAUCACCCCUAAAAGCGCCCAGAAGAUUAAGCCUGUUCUGGAGCGUUGGAUGGCCGAGGCUGAAGCCCGCCACCGUUCCGGAAUGCAGAACCUGACUGAGUUUAUUGGGAGUGAGCCUUCGAAAAAACGCAAGAGGCGGACCUCUUUCACACCGCAGGCACUGGAGAUCCUCAACAGCCACUUUGAGAAGAACACGCACCCCUCCGGACAGGAAAUGACGGAGAUAGCUGAGAAACUGAACUAUGACAGGGAGGUGGUCCGCGUGUGGUUCUGCAACAAGAGGCAAGCCCUGAAAAACACAAUAAAGCGCUUGAAACAGCCCGAGCUCGGCAUGGCCGCGCCUAUGGACCCUCUCACUGACUCUCUAGAGGACCUCCCCAAGUGAACGAGCGCAAAAGUGUCAGCCAUUACAAACGGAAGCAAAGAAAAAGAAAGCAGAUAAAGACUGGAAAACCGAGUCAGCGGGAUAGAGAAAAACUUUGUGUUGUCAUUGUGAUCACCACAGUUCUGUAAAUGACCUCUGCAAAAAACCAAAAAAAGAAAACACUAAAAAGAGAUUAAUAUGUGAGAAUUAUGUAAAAAGAAAAACAUAAUGGCGUGCUGAUUUAAAGAGAUAUAGAUCCAGAACUGUCUCCCUAAUUCUGGUUCUCCUGCGAAGAGGAAUUUAGUAAAGAGAAACCAAAUCCAAACACUAUCUACCAAAGUCUGUUACAUCUAACUGCUAAAACUAAUUUUGUAAUGUAAAUGUGCUCUAAAUUUUUACAUUUGUACUGGCGAAAUCUAAGCUAUACGUGUGUGUGAGUACACCUUUUAUCCUCGUCUCUUACUUUUUUCUUCGUUCUUUGAAUGUAAAUAUAGAAAAAGGAAAAAAAGAUUAAAAAAAUGUCUUCAGAUUAAAUCACUGAUACAUUUUUGGCGGAAAAAAAAAGAACCUUUGCUGUUGCAUUAUAAUGUUGUUUGCCUCCAGUUGUGUUUCAUCUGUAAAUAUUUUCAGUCACAAUGUAACUUUGUACAACUUUUACAGGUAUUUAUUAAUUAUUGGAUGAGAUUGUUGGUGAAAAAAAGGGAGAGGAAACGGGGGACUUUUAAAUAUGAUGGUGGUGAAAAUAAUGAAGGGUUUUAGUCUCAAGUCGUACUGCAGCUUUGUUUCUGUUGCCAAAGCCUGAUAGCCAAAGAACACACAAACUUCAGCUCAAGGACUGGGGGAGAUCUUUUCUUUCUGUUUUCUUUAUAUUCACAUGGUUUUCUGCCUCCUUUUUAUAAAGUGUUUUACUGUGUGUUGGAAAAAAAAUCAUGUCAAACAGCUUCAACUGUGCUUUUUUUUUUUUUUUACAACAGCUUGUAAAGAAAUGUUUCUUUUACGUAGAUUUGCCUCUGCAUGCUUUAACCAGACCACAGAUUUCACAUCAUGAAAUUAACAUAUUCAUCUGUAUUUUUCAUGAAAAUGAACAUUUUAAUAUUACCCUAACUUUGUCUAGAUGUGUGAUUAGGAGCUUAACCACCGAGCUUAUUGUUUGCAGGUUUUUUUUUACUUGAAUAUUUCACAAAAACUGCUUUUCUUCAAGGAGCCGUUUUUGUUCUUUCAUAGUUUGAAUUUCUUUUAGCUGAGUGAAGGUCACUUCUGUUAAGCAAAGCUUUAUUUCUGUGUUAGAACAUUUGUUAUUUAACAUUUACAAGGUUCUAGUUUUAUAAUUUCUCUUAUUUAUUGUGUUCAGAAGCAGAAUUAUUUAAACCCCUGUAUAUCAUUCAGUUUCUGCACCUUGCAAAGGUCUAACAGCCCCCAACCUUUUUUCACGUUUUCAUAUGAAAGCCUCUGAAUUAGCUUUAUUUUAAGUCCAUAAUUUUGUCAUAGACCAACACAAAGCAGUGCAGAGGGAAAAUGGUUCAUGUUUUUUAUUUUCUUAUUUUAACCAAUAAAUAUCUGUAAAGGGUGUCCUACUUAUGCUUCAGCUUAAAGAUAAAAAAAAAAAAUGUUGAAUCAUUGUUUCUUUGCAGUAAAAGCCUCAAGUCUUUCUAUGUAGGUCUCUACCAGUUUUAUUCAUGUACAUAUUUCCUUGUUUUUCCUGCUCAUCAUCGCAAACCGGCUCAGACUCGUUCUGAUAGGAUGGGGCGGAUCUUUUUAAUUCAGCUAUCCAAAACUCUUAAUUAGAUCUACGUCAAGGUCAUGAUUCUGCAUUAUUUCAUCCCCUUAAAAAAAAGCAGUUCAUCAUGUUUUACAAAUACUGUUUAAUACAGUACUAUUUAAAAAGUCCCUUAUUGUCCCACAGCGGGGAAAUUCAGAUAUGCCAGUGGUGAAGCAAAUGGGCGGUGAAAGCAAACAGGUACAAAUAAGACUGCAAAAUAUGAAAAGAAGGAAAAGAAAAUAGAAAAUGAAGGGAAGAAAAUAAAGAAUUUCUCAUUUGUUUCUUCCUAUAGUCAAAUAAAAAUGUUAUGAGAAAAAGACCCCACGUUCUUAUUAGUACAGUAAAAAAAAAGUUUUUCUGCCUGUUAUAUAUUAUAAAAUGUAUUUAUUCCUUUGCAGAAAUUGCAUAUAAAUUCUUGUUCAUAUCAAAAAACUUCUUAUUUCUAUGACAUUGCAGGCCUAAAUCAUUAGGAGCUGCUGUGAGGAACCUGGAGGGACAAAUGAUGUCUCUGAGCUGCAUGUUGCAGCAUUUUAACACAUGAAUGUGCUUCAAAAUAAACCGCUGCAGUGUAACUCUGCCUCUAUGUUCAGGUUCAGUCUCCUGAUGGAAAACGAGGCUAUAGCGCAGGCUCUUAUCCUCUUCAGCUUCUAUUUCCUUUUAUCCAAUAUCCUUUCAACCGUGACCAGCUUCUACAUCUCUGGUGAAGAUUAGCAACCCCACAUGAUGAUGCUGCCACCAACUCCUUUAACAGUGGGUUUAUUGUGGGACUUUAGUUUUAAGUCAGACAGUUGAACUUUUUUACCUUAUGAGAAAAGCAACUAUAAAUCAUUGUUGAAUACGUCUGCACAACUGAUUUUUUUUUUUUUAUCAUUUUGAAAAAAUAGGAAUGUGAAUUGUCAUUUUCCUUCCUCUCCUCAAUUGCUUAUUGCUUUGAGUUGGUCUAUUACAUACAAUGUCAAUAAAUGAUUUGAAAUAAUGUGGCUGUGAGUUGACAAAAUGAGUAAAAGUUAAUAUUUUUGCAAGGCGCUGUAUUUUCUUGCCAGAAAUAUCACUCUUCCGGGAAACGUCUCGAUCCGUCACUCCCUUUUUUCCCUCAUAGGAACAGAGAAGAGGUGAAUGUUGAGGAUAAGUGUCACAUGUCAGAGCGAGUGAACUUAAUUUGAAGUGAGGCGAAAUUUGAUGCGAUUUAUUCAGAAUCAAGUGUCGGCUUGAUGUACAUCCUUCCACGUCGGUUAUCUCGGCUGCUUUUGCACCCAGCCUGAAAAUUCACUGUAUCCCGUAAAAUGUCAUAGAAAAGUGGUUUGUGUGUUUGUGUUUUAAAACGGCAUCCAUUUACCUCCACAGAUUUGUUCUGCUGCUUUCAUUGUAAACAAACAAUUUCAGGCAGAAGCUUGAAAAAAAAAAACCUGAAAGUCUGCAGAGAAAAAACAAACACUGAUCAGCUUUGAGGCUUUAAAACAUACAAAAGAAGCUGUAACCAAAAUGGAAAGAAACCUAAAAGAAGACACAGAAAGGAGUUAUGCCUUCACUCGACUUAUUAAAGCUGGACCAAAGCUCUAUAGUUAUGCACAUUGUACAGAGACAUAGAUUCAAGAUGUUGACAAUCUUUAAAAACAUGAGCAGAAAGAAGACGAGCAGCAGGAACACAGAGGUUCAUACCUCAGUGUUGGAAAUCAGAUAAAUGCAGUUCAAGCAAGCAGCUGCUCUGCACUGUGUCCAUGUUCACUGUUAAGGUAGAGGAAAAAGGCUUCUGCUUCCUUUUCUUUGACGCAUCACUCUGUUAUACUUAUCUCUAACUGAGCCACAUUGAUUUUUAUAUACAAUUCUUAAUGAUUUUUUUUCUCUGUGUUUAAUUAUUUACAGCUUGUAGAAAGAUGUAGAAGAAGAAAAUAACGACAGCUGUGUUGUUCUUUAUUUAAUUCUAGAUCAGCUUUUUUUUUUUUUUUUUCCUUAAUCAGUUUCAAAAACCAACUCAGAAACAACUUUUGUUAGCAGUCAAAGAACUAGAAACCAAAGCUGAAGAGUCUCUGGAUGUUGGUUUUCUUUUCUCCCUGUGUGUUGUUUUUUUUUUUUUUUUUUUACAGACUGAAAACUGUAAUUAAUCUAUAGAGCAAUAUCUGUUUUGGUCGGUUUAAGCAGCACUUUCUGUAUUUCUUACAAAACAAGAGGAAAGAGGGAAAAACUUAUUAAAAAAAAGAAAGCUUCAAGUCUGUCACAUUGAUUUGUACCAUAAUUCGUAAUAAACAAUGUUUGACAU